AUCACCUGUGCCAAAAACGAGUACAGAAAUAAUCAUCUUUCAAGCUGCUCUGCAAUCUUUAUCGACAUGCCCGCAAAUUAACAAACGCAACACAAUGCUGCAAAGCAAGUCUAUGUCUAAGGUCAGGAAGAGCCCACUCAACCACAAUUCCCAUUGGUCACGACCGAGACAUGCACCGCCCUGAGUGAAGCACUGCAACAUUGGUAGGCAGGCGGCAGGACCCCCGCGGCUCACUUCCGCUAAUCGCCAUUGAGCUCCGGCCCUUAAGAGUUCUCAGCACUUUUCCAUGCCCGAGGAAACACAGGUCUUAUAAACAGAGUAUAAUGAAAGACACUACUGUGCCAACCAACACUUUCAACCCGGCCCGGAUUUGCCCAGGAUGGGUGGUAAAAGGGCGAGCGAGUGCCCGCGACGCCAUCUCCGCCCGCUGAUUGGCCGCGCAUGCUCCCCCCUCCCCCCCGUCUGGCGGCCACUCAACCAACGGUGGUUGGCUGCCAGCGGGGGUCUGCGCCUGACGUCAGCGCCCCCGACGUCUUGUGUAACCGAAACGGUGCAUUGUUGUUGAAGAAGGGGAAGGGAAAAAAAACACACACACACUCUUACACAGCAACAGAGCUUUCGAGAAAGAAGUGGAAGCGGAAAAAAAGAGGAGGGGGAAGGGAAGGAGUGGAAAGAAAGAAAGCAACUGCACCGCGCUUGCACGCGCACAGGCUCCCGCUGUGGCGGCACCCGCGAGCCGAACGUUGGCGCGUUCGGUGACAGUUGGCCGCGCGGCGCGAGCGGGAGCGGGAGGAGGAGACGGCGGCGGCGCGAGUCCAGGCUGAGGGAGGCGGCGGCGGAGGAGGAGGAGGAGGAGGAAGGUGGCUGGCGUGUGUGUGCGUUUGCGCGGCGCCCGUUUCAUGAGCGCCCUCCGAGUGGAGUCGGGGGCUCUUCGGCUUCGAACACCGUCCCUUAAGCUCUUCCUGACAGGCGCUGACUUCAUUAUUAACAAUGAGGAGGAAAGGAAGGUGUCAACGAGGGACAGCAAGGCGCUCAGCUUCACCUUGCAAGUUGAAGCAUUCGCCAAGCCGUGAAAUGCUAACAUAUGCUCAAGCACAACGAAUGGUUGAAAUGGAAAUUGAUGGACGGUUACACCGGAUUAGUAUUUAUGAUCCUUUGGAAAUAAUUUCAGAAGAUGACUUAACUGCCCAAGAAAUUGUUGAAUGUAACAGCAACAAAGAAAACAGUGAACGUCCACCUGUUUUUGUAAAGUCUAAAAGAUGCAAAUCCAAUAGAGUUAAAAAGAAGGAUGUUGUUAGUCAAAGUACACAUGGUGCUCAAACUCAAGUAAACACAUUGCCGGAGCCACGAUUUAGGAUUGUAGAUUAUGAACCACCUUCUGCUCCUCGUCGACCUUCGUCUUAUUAUCGGCUCAUUGAGAAGUCUGCAGAGGAGCUCAAUAACGAAGUUGAGUAUGAUAUGGAUGAGGAAGAUUAUGCAUGGUUGGAAAUGAUUAAUGAAAGGCGUAAAGGUGAUGGUUUGAGUGUAGUUUCACAGAAUGUGUUUGAGUUUCUAAUGGAUAAACUAGAAAAGGAAUCUUACUUUGAAAAUUCUAAUCAAGGUGAUCCUCAGUCUUUAAUUGAUGAAGAUGCUGUUUGUUGUAUAUGCAUGGAUGGAGAAUGUCAAAACAGUAAUGUAAUAUUGUUUUGCGACAUGUGUAAUUUAGCAGUGCAUCAGGAAUGCUAUGGAGUUCCAUAUAUACCUGAAGGGCAGUGGUUGUGCCGUCGUUGCUUGCAAUCAUCAUCUCGAUCUGUUGAAUGUAUCUUGUGCCCAAAUAAGGGUGGUGCUUUCAAGAAAACUGAGGAUGGUCAGUGGGGACAUGUUGUAUGUGCUCUGUGGGUUCCUGAAGUCGGAUUUGCUAACACUGUAUUCAUAGAACCUAUUGAUGGUGUCAAGAACAUUCCAGCAGCUAGGUGGAAACUGACAUGCUACCUCUGCAAACAGAAAGGGCUUGGUGCUUGCAUCCAGUGCCAUAAAGCAAAUUGUUAUACAGCAUUCCAUGUAACAUGUGCUCAGCAAGCAGGUCUGUACAUGAAAAUGGAGCCUGUUAAAGAAACGGAAUCCAAUGGAACAACGACAUUCAAUGUGAAAAAGACUGCCUUCUGUGCUGUGCAUACACCUCCAGGCUGUGUGAGAAGGCCACUAAACAUUUAUGAGCCAGCUGAACUAAAAAACGGCAUAUGUAGAAAAGAUUCACCUAACAAGGCAACAAAAACUAAAUGUAAGACGAGGCAGAAGACAAAGAAGGCACAGAAGCUCUUAACUGAAAAAAGUACUACGGUGCCUGUCGUAUCUGUUCCAUGCAUUCAGCCAGAUGGGCUAAACAAAAUAAUGAGUCAGGUAUCAAUACCACGAAAAAAACAAUUUAUACAGAGGGUGUAUGUUUACUGGACACUUAAACGACAAUCAAGAAAUGGUGUACCUCUCCUUCGUCGUUUACAGUCACAUUUGCAGUCUCAGAGAAAUUCACAACAGAGAACAAAUGACGAACAGAAAAAUGGCUUGAAAGAGCAGUUGAAAUAUUGGCAAAGGCUCCGUCAUGACCUUGAGAGAGCGCGUUUGCUAGUUGAACUUAUUCGCAAACGUGAAAAGUUAAAACGUGAACAGGUCAAGGUUCAGCAAGUUGCAAUGGAGCUCCAGCUAACACCAUUAACUGUCAUGUUACGUUCAAUUUUGGACCAGAUUCAGGAAAAGGAUACAGCACAUAUAUUUGCUCAGCCAGUGAGCUUGAAAGAGGUUCCAGAUUAUUUAGAUCAUAUAACGCAUCCAAUGGACUUCUCCACAAUGAGGAAAAGGAUAGAAGAUCAUGGUUAUAAUAACCUGGAUGAGUUUGAAUCUGAUAUUAACCUUAUUAUAGAUAACUGUAUGAAAUACAAUGCAAAGGACACAAUAUUUUACCGAGCAGCUGUGCGAUUAAGAGAUCAGGGAGGUGUUAUAUUAAGGCAAGCUCGUCGUGAGGCUGAUCGAAUUGGUUACGACUAUGAAACUUCAAUGCAUCUGCCUGAACCACCAAAGAGUGAAGCAGCUAAACCUUUGACGUGGGAAGACGUGGAUAGAUUACUGAUGCCUGCAAAUAGAGAGCACAUGUCCUUGGAAGUGCAGCUCAAAGAAUUGCUAGAUAAACUGGAUAUGACAUGUGCAAUGAAGGCCUGCAGUGCUAAAUCUAGACGCGUCAAAUUACUGCGAAAGGAAAUUAAUAAUAUUCGCUUCAAAUUAAGCCAACAGAAGGCUCAGAGUGAACAUGCACACAGUGAAAGCAGUUUAGCUGAUGAUGGAGCAAAGUCGGAACAAGAUGGAGAUUCUAAGUCUUCAGUGCCACCGACUCUUGAGCCAUCUGAUUCUUUACCUCUUCUGCCAAAUUCAGAUACUCCAUCAGAACCACCUAUCCUUAAACCAAUAGAACCUAGCGCUGACCAGAGUAGGUUAAACAAAAGAGUUAAAUUUGAUGGUGAAGCAAGUAAUACUUCCUUGCAGAAUGUGAUAAUGAAUGGACAUUCUCCAGAUGACUUGCACAAUGGUGAUGUCAAUAGCUCAAAAAAAUCUACAGCUGUUGAGCUGCCAGAUGAUACUGGAAGACGUUCUUCUGUUAUCUUCCGUAAACCCAAAAGUGUGUGCUCUCAAAACCAAGCAAAAAAUUCAGAGACUCAACCGCAUCAAGGGCAGCUUGGGACAAAAACAUUUUUAUCUGUGGUAAUUCCCAGACUGGAGACAUUAUUACAACCAAGGAAGAGAUCACGUAGUUUAUGUGGUGACUCUGAAGGAGAUGGCGAAAAGUUACCCCUCAAAAAACCAGGCCUGGCACUAUCCAAUGGAUUUGGUAAUGAGGAAAAACCAGAAACCCCACAGAUCAAUCCAACUGAUCAUCAGCGCCGUCGUUGUGCUUCAGAAUCAAGUAUAUGCACUAGUGUUAGUGCAGUUUCCAACCAGGCAAGCACAAUAAGUCUUCCUAAAUGUGGAAAAGGGAAGCCAGCACUAGCUCGGAGAAACCCUUUGGAGGACAGAAAUGAAUUAAUUGCUUGUAUUGAAAAUGGCAACUUUGCCAAAGCAGCUAGAAUUGCAGCAGAGGUUGGCCAAAAUAGUAUGUGGACUUCCACAGAUUCCAGUUCUGCUUUGGAGCCCUUAAAGUUAAUUUGGGCAAAGUGCAGUGGUUAUCCAUCAUAUCCAGCCUUGGUAAUUGAUCCAAAGAUGCCUCGAAGUGGUUUUCGCCACAAUGGAGUGCCUAUACCUGUGCCCCCUCUAGAUGUACUGAAAAUAGGCGAGCAAAUGCAAAGGAGAGCUGGCGAGAAGCUUUAUCUUGUUCUGUUCUUUGAUAACAAACGAAGUUGGCAGUGGCUUCCAAAAUCGAAAGUGGUCCCUCUUGGUAUUGAUGAAACCAUAGAUAAAAUAAAAAUGAUGGAAGGUCGGACUUCUUCCAUUCGGAAAUCUGUCCGCAUUGCUUUUGAUCGAGCAAUGCUCCAUCAAAGCAGGGUCCAAGGUGAACAAACGAGUGACUUUAGUGACAUUGAUUGAAAAUGUGUCAGAAUUGGGAGAAGAACCCAUCAGUUGAGGUUAAAACCAAGAAAGCUUUGCAAAACCAUUUCUUAGAAAGAAUGUAUUUUCACUGUUGUCUCAAUCAUUGUUCCAGUAGUUGUGCUUAGAAAAAUAAUGGCACCUACUGAUUCACUGCCAGCUGUAAUUAUGUUUUUAAUACAUAAUUUUCUUUUGUGUAAACAUUCAAACUUUCCACUAUAAUUUUUCAGCAGGAUAACUUGUUCAUAGUGUUUAUAAGUCAUGGGAAAAACUGUAAAUACGUGUAUAUUGCUUCACACCGUAAAUUAUUCUGUUGGUCAAAAUUGGUUGCCAUCUGUUCUGGUACUUCGUUGUUUUUAUAUAUAAUCUAAAUGUUCUGUAACUUAUUUAAUAAGCAGAAAGAAAGCUGUUCAUGUAACCGAGUACCGUGCAGCAGGUAAUUUUGGUGCAGAGUAUAGGGAAAAAGUUAAUGAACAAAAUCAAGAUAACUUUAAAUGGUGUGCAAUAGAACAGUAAUAUGAGCUUUUAUAUUUCUCUUACCAAAAGAAAUUUUGAUUCUCAAGUUUAUCUUGGGUUGGUUUGUGUUUCAUAAUAUAAAAAAUCAAGCACAUUUGUUUAUAGGAAUACAGUUUCCAGUUUAACUCUGUCCCCCUAGGUCUGAAUCAAAAAUUACUCAAGAUAAAUUUCCUUAAACAAUAUUAACAGAUCUCACUAGUCUGUAGCACAUCAAAGUAUGUAGACAAAAAAGUAGGUGUCCGGAUUUUAACCACAAGCUAAAUCCCUUAACUUCUGGAUUUUAAAAAAAAUCAACAUUUCUAUUAGGAUAUCAAGCCUUUAUCCUAUUUGAUCAAUUCAGGAAAACAAUGAAUAAAGUCAUACUGUACAGCGAUUUUUCAAAAGAUUGCAUCCUAUUACCAUGUUGUUUAUUUUUAAUAUUUUCAUUUUUCUACCUGUUCAUUUUGGCUUGCCUUACCCUUGAACAAUAUUAAAUGAACACAUUGUCUCUGUCUUGUUGCUUUAGGUUGAUUCAACUUAUGGUGCUGAUUAAGAUUAACCAAAUGUAGCAAAAUCCUAAAUACUAUUUGAAACAAUAGUUGGUGGGAAUAUGUGUGUGGGAAACUGGGAUGCUGAUUUGAUUUUGCAUAUCUAUGAAAUGCAAUAUUUAAAAAAAACAGUAAGACCAUCAUUUACUGCCUAGAAUACCUGAAAUGCAGCAGUGCUUGUUGUACGAAGUGGUUUUGUAGCCUGUGUAUAAUUGUAUAUGAAUUCACUUCAUACUUGUAACUUUUUUUUACUUUGUUGGGAGGGUUGUUUUAAUAUCACAUUUCUUUUCUGCUGUGAUUUACUAUGGGACCUGUACACAAUUUUUUAAAAACAAAUUGUGCCUGCAUUUGUUUCUUAAUUUAUUGUAGAAAGUGUACAGAUUUGCUUUGUAGUAACUUUUAUAAGCAAUUGAACUGGUUUGAAACUGAAAUUUGUAAAGUGUUAAAACAAUAGAACAAAUGUUUGGUUGACUACAGGCACAUCAGUAUAAAACUGUACUUUGGGAAGGAAUAAAUGUGAUGCAAUCCGUUUGUUGCAUAUUCCCUCAAAACUGCUUAUAUCUGUGUGUUCAGUGACUUGAAGUGUUCAUGACAGAAGUUAUGUCAGUCAAUAAGUUGGAUAGCAGUCAAUUUUUUGAUCUGCUUUAUAUAACACUGGUAGGGUAGAUAAGUUGUAGAUAUUAUUUUAGUCAUACUCAUUUUGAUUCUGUGAACCAUUGCAUUAUUCCCAGUAACUGAAGUAAAAUAUAUAUAAUUGGGAAUUAAGAUUUAUAUUAAAUUGCCAAAAUUAUUUUCAUUAGCCAAAUUAAGGAAUAUCUGACCCAAAAUGUAUUUACUGUAUAGUAGUUCUAAAACAUCAGAUUUUUUUAGGUCUAAUUUAGAUUUAGAGUUCCUUGACUGUUUACCAGAUAAAGAAACAAAUCAGAAAUAUAUUGAGCUACACUGAUCCAGUAAAUCCCAUAUUUAAUCUACAAACCUUUCUAAAUUUCUAGUUCAUAGAUCAGGGAGAGGAAAAUCAUGGUUUACACACCAAUCUUCUAUCUAAUGAAGCAUUUUCACAAAGCCUUUUCAGUAAGCAGGUGGGAUUGAAUCCAGUUACAAUGCUCUCAAGUCAAUUUCUAGACAGAAAACUAUAAGUUUGCUGUUGAGCUGAAGCAUGAAGAAUGGCUUGGCUAACUGCUCAAGGACUAUUAGUAGUCACAUAAUAGAUAAAUUAUUAAACCAAAGGCAAAAAUCCCUUUGAUCUCUUAUCAAUCCAUUUAUUUGCCCUUCCUCUAUUGUUACGUAAUCUUUAUAUCAUCCUUGUAAAGACUGUUCUGUGUUCACACAGAGGAAGCCUUCAUCAUGUUGUGUAGUGCUCCUAAUGUGCUAAAUGGAAUAAUUUAGACAGCUACCAGCUCAAAGCUUUACAGCUGUGAGGUGCUGUGAUCCAUUGUUGCUUUGGAACUGAAUUCAUGGCAUGUCAAGUCUCUCCUUUAAGAUUAAAGUAGAGAAGCAAAUGCUAUUUUCUUUCUAUAGUUUUGUAUUAAUAGAAUAUAAUGAAUGAAUAUUUUAUAGUGUAGUUAGUAUCAGGCUCAGUGAUUAAUCACAAAACACUACCAGGCACACACUAGAAAAUUGAUUUUCAUUGGAAUGUUUGCACUGUUCACUUGUGCUGUUCAAGCUUUGUCAUUCCAUAAAGUAAAUUUAACAUCAAAAUGAAUUAUAAAAGUAAUGGUCAUUUGAAGAUUUAUUAAAAACUCCAGAAACUAAGUAACAUUGACAGCUGCCAUGUUUCUUGUAUAAUAUCUGUUUUAUGAUGCCAUGGUCCUAUACUAUUAAGCAAGGAGUUCAGGGACUCUAGGUUGGGAACUCCUGAAUAACCUCUGCAAAUUGGAAGGAAAUUCAGAUAGACUAACUGUAAAGCACAAGUACAAGCAGUCACCCAGUCUUUGUGAACUUUAUACAUGCCAGUUUUAAUUUUUUCGGGCUUUCCUGGCCAAUUAACCUGUGCACUCAAGAUUAAGUAAACUGAUUCUGACAGAUGGAAUUUCUUAGGCUACAUCCACGCUACACCGGAUAAAUCCAAAGCUUUUUCUCUUCAUUUUUAACUUUCGUCCACACUAAAACGGAGUUUUUGUCAGCUGAAACCGGAGAUGUUCAGAAACAUUCUCCAGGGUGUGUAAUUUUGAAAAUGCCGCUUGGCCGGAGCAGUGUGGACGUGGUAACUGGAGAAAUCUAAAAACACUGUCAUGAUGUGCCAGAACAGAUGGUGACAGCAGUGCGCCAUUUCAUUGUUUUCUUGAACGCAAACUAACAAUUUCAGAACAGAGGGCAACGAGACUGAAGCCAGAAGAGUUAGAAAUGUACUCACCAAUUACUUUGACCCAUAACCUAC